AUGGCUCCCGUCAAGGAAUAUGCGCUUCUCUGCCUUGAGAACCCGCUGCUUGAUAUCCAGGCAGUCGGCAACGAUGACCUCCUGGCCAAGUACAAGCUCAAGGCCAACGAUGCCAUCCUCGCCUCCCCCGAGCACCUCCCCAUCUACGAGGACCUGCUGAACAACUACGAUGCCAAGCUCAUUGCCGGCGGCGCCGCCCAGAACACGGCCCGCGGAGCCCAGUACCUGCUGCCCCCCAACUCCGUCGUCUACCUGGGCGGCGUAGGCGACGACAAGUACGCCUCGAUCCUCCACGACGCCGUCAAGGCCGCCGGCCUGCGCGUCGAGUACCGCGUCGACCCCGCCACCCCGACCGGCCGCUGCGGCGUCGUCAUCACGGGCCACAACCGCUCCAUGGUCACCGAGCUGGGCGCCGCCAACACCUACGCCCUGGACCACCUGGAGAAGCCCGAGAUCUGGGCCCUGGCCGAGAACGCCGAGGCCUUCUACAUCGGCGGCUACCACUUCACCGUGUGCCCGCCGGCCAUCAUGAAGCUCGCCCACGAGGCCGCCGCCAAGAACAAGCUCUUCGCCCUCAGCCUCUCCGCCCCCUUCAUCCCCCAGUUCUUCAAGGAGCCCCUCGACGCCAGCGCCCCCUACUGGGACGUCGUCAUCGGCAACGAGGCCGAGGCCGCCGCCUACGCCGAGUCCCACGGCCUCGCCGGCGCCGACCUCCCCACCAUCGCCAAGCACCUCGCCAACCUCCCCAAGGAGAACACCCAGCGCAAGCGCGUCGCCAUCGUCACCCAGGGCACCGACCCCACCCUCGUCGCCGUCCAGGGCGAGGACGCCGUCAAGGAGUACCCCGUCAAGCCCAUCGAGACGGAGAAGAUCAACGACACCAACGGUGCCGGUGACGCUUUCGCCGGCGGCUUCCUCGCCGGUCUUGUCGAGGGCAAGCCUCUCCAUGAGUGCAUCGACAUGGGCCAGUGGCUCGCCAAGCUGAGCAUUCAGGAGUUGGGUCCUUCAUACCCCUUCCCCAAGCAGGCUUAUCAGUCAUCGUAA